AUGCAAUCUACCCGGCGUCACCUAGCCCCAUACCACGUCUGUGAUAUCCAGGGUGACGACAUCCAAGGUCUCGGCACCAUCAAGCUGCCAUUCAAAACACCCCUCCGUGCCCUGGAAGUUGCCCAGGGUGCCGCCGAUGUCUCGAUCGUGGUCCGCAAGACCUACGAAGAGGGCUUUGUCGCGAUCUCGGGUGCUGCCCUGAAGAAGGCCCGCAAGACCUGGGAGAACAACGAGAAGAAGCGUCUCAAGGCCGCCGAGCAAAGCGCCAAGAACGCGGCCGAGGCUGAGAAGCAGGCUGCUGAAGAGGCUGCUCGCCUGGAAGAGUCCAAAAAGAUUGUGCUGACUGUGGAUGAGUCUCUUCCCGCUGCCAAGAAGAUUCGGAUUCGCGACUCGACCGAGAGCCGUGAGACUCGCGUCGUUGUCAGCGGCUGGGUCCAUCGCCACCGUGUCCAGGGCAAGGAUAUGGCCUUUGUCGUCCUGCGUGACGGCACUGGCUAUCUUCAGUGUGUCCUGACUGGCAAGCUGUGUCACACCUAUGACGCCCUGACGCUGACGCUCGAGUCGACUGUCAAGAUCUAUGGUGUCAUCAAGGAGCUCCCUGCCGGCAAGACCGCUCCCGGCGGCCACGAACUGCAAGCGGACUACUGGGAGAUCAUCGGCAAGGCUCCCGGCGGCGAAGAGGCUUUUGGUAACCAACUCAACACUGAAUCCGGCCCCAACGUCCUUCUGGAUCGCCGUCAUCUCGUCAUCCGUGGCGAGACAACCGCUGCCGUCUUGAAGAUGCGCGCCCACGUCAUGAGAGCCUUCCGCUCCUUCUUUGAAUCUCGCCAUCUGAUCGAGGUGACUCCUCCUCUGAUGGUCCAGACCCAGGUCGAGGGCGGCAGCACCCUCUUUUCGUUCGAUUACUACGGCGAGCAGGCCUACCUCACCCAGUCCUCGCAGCUGUAUCUCGAGACCUGCCUCGCCUCGCUGGGUGAUGUGUACUGCAUGGUCGACUCGUUCCGUGCCGAAAAGUCCCACACCCGCCGGCACUUGUCCGAGUUCACGCACUGCGAAGCGGAGCUGUCGUUCAUUGACUUUGACGACCUGCUGCAGUUCAUCGAGGACAUGGUCGUCUAUGUCGUCGACAGCAUCUUUGACAACCCCGAGACGGCCGCGACCAUGAAGGAGCUCAACCCCAACUUCCAGCGGCCGCGCAAGCCCUUCCGCCGCAUGAACUAUGCUGAUGCGAUCGAGUGGCUCCGCGAGCACGACGUCCGCAACGAGGAGACUGGCGAGCACUACCAGUUUGGCGAAGACAUUCCCGAAGCCCCGGAGCGCCGCAUGACCGAUACAAUCAACGAGCCCAUCCUGCUGUGCCGCUUCCCGACAGAGAUCAAGUCCUUCUACAUGAAGCGCUGCCCUGAAGACCGCCGGCUUACGGAGAGUGUCGACGUGCUGAUGCCUGGUGUUGGCGAGAUUGUGGGUGGCAGCAUGCGUAUCACCGAUCUCGUCGAGCUCUUUGAGGGCUACAAGCGCGAGGGCAUCGACCCCUCGCCUUACUACUGGUUCACCGAUCAACGCAAGUACGGCACCUGCGAGCACGGCGGCUUUGGCCUCGGUGUCGAGCGCUUCUUGGCAUGGCUCAUGAACCGAUACAGCGUCCGCGAGGUGUGCUUGUACCCUCGUUUCAUGGGACGCUGCCAACCUUGA